AUGACCUUCCUCGUGCAAACGCUGCUCGUGCGCCAGCACAAAGUUCUGCUGGGCCGUUGGCACACCGGUGCCUUCAAGGGUCGAGUCACUGGAUUACUCGGCAGCGCACCAGGUGCCUCCCCGGAAGUGGCGGCCACGCGGAUCUGUCGCCCGCACCUGGGGCCAGUGGAGGCGCAGCGGCUGCGGCGACGCGGCAUUUUUCAGUUCGAGGAACAAGACGAGAAACAUGAGUCUGCGGUGGCAUUGGGAGCUCAGUACCAGGAGUACCAGCUCGUGUACAGAGUCUAUGACAACGAGAAUGUGGAGGUGGUAGCCACUGAUGACUACGAGCCGAUCGGAUGGUUUGGCCAAGGUGAGAUACCCUUUGAUCAGAUGCCGGAGGAUGAUGCAGUCUGGUAUGAGCGGGUGCUUUUCAAGGACCAUCGCCUGCGGGGCACCUUCUCCUUCCAAGGCACCUCCUUGGUGAAGCACACGCUUGAGCAGGUCUCUGCAGAGGAAGGCUUGUGUGAGUCUUUGAACCAGAAUGUCGAGGAUCUCCUUUUGCUCCACAACCCGGACUGCUCCAAAAGCCGUGCUCUCAAAGAGGCCUUGGACGGAUCCAGAUCAACCUAUACAGAGCGCUUGUACCUAGAGGAACCUUUGACGCUCAGCGAGCUGGAAAUCAUUCUGGCCAGGCUCAAGGCAGAUGAUGCCAGCUUCACUGCACGAGCAUUGAGCCGUGACCAGCACUUGAGCGAAGAGAUGACGGAGGACCAGAUCUUGGAGGCCUUAGCCUCAGAUAUUCGGAAGCUGCAGCGGCCGGUCCUGGUGAAGGGACACCGAGCUGCCCUAGGUCGGCCCAAGGCGGAAGAUGCCACGCGCCUGUUGCGACUGGACGAAGCUCAUCGAGUGAAACCGGCCGAGCUCGGCCGAGCCUCGCGCUGCGCCGGGAAAGAGCGAUGUGGAAAUCCCGUGGGGGCCGUCAGUGGCGAGACUUCUCGUGGGAAGCCGGCUUCGCCGGAACCACCCGCGGUGCAGGCGCCCGUGGAGGCCGGCUGGGAGCCUUUCACACAAGCGGAGAAAGUUUGCAAUGCGUACACCUGGCGACGACGGCGCUUGGGCAUGCUCCAGUCUGCCACCAGCAGCACGGAGGGGCCCUGCGGACGAUCCUCGGCAUGA